AUGCACUCACGCACAGCACGCAGCCACCCGCUCUCAACUCUCGGGGCCUUUGCCUCUCACCCUUUCCUUCGAGCCCUGCUGCACGGGGCAAUGCCGCUAAAGAAGGAGGAGGUGUGCGGGAAGCCAAACCAGUACAACUUAAACACCCUCGAGUAUGACUGGAGGGAGCUGCCCGACACCCACGUCCAGGUGCCGCCGCCGCAGCCCCGCGUGCGAGACUACACCGCCCUUGUUGGCUAUGGCGCAGCCGGCCACAGAGUAAAUCCCAUCACACAUCAGCCGCUGCCGUCCCCCGGCGCCGGGUUUGGCGUUGUCGGCGCGGUUUCGCCAACACCGUUGCCAUCGCCGUCGAGGCCAGCUCAAGAAGCGAUGCGGCGCGCGCCGUCGCCGCAGGUUCAUCAUGGCAACCGAGAUCACGUGGCGGAUCUGCUCGGUGGCGGUGACGGUGGUGCUGGGCAAAGGCCUGCGCGCGAGUCGCAGCCAAGAGCGCUGCCGCCGCCACUCGUAGCGGAGGAGUCGCCGCAAGCCCUGCCGUAUCCCUCUUCCGGCGUAAACGGUCGAGGCGGUACCGUACACGGCAACGCCGCUGCAUCACCACCGGGGCCGUACAGCGCCGAUACUUUUAACGUCGCGUGGUCGCAUGAGGACAUCAAGCGGGCUGUGCACACAAACAGCUUAGAGGCUCACCGCUCCUACCUGCGAUAG